ACGACGUUGUAUGUCAAAGUAAAGAUGGCGUUGAUCCAUGUUGUGUCAGGUGUUUAAAAAUUUCUUUAAAUUCUAUUAAAGUUUGACAUUGCACAUAAGUGUGACACUUUGAUCAGUUACUUAUUCCAUUCUCGGCUUUGUUAAAGAUCGUCAAUUGAAAGAAACGUGAAGGCGUCUGUCAAGAGUCACGUGUAAUACUGCCCGCUAGUGGCAUCUCGCACUUAACCUUAUCAUUACUUCAGUAUUAUACGAUCUCGUAAAAAUUUCGAGAAAACGACAUUAAUGCUGUGUCUUUUAUCAGAGAGAGAAUCAAUAAUUUUCAUCGAUCAAUUUCGAGAGGAUACCAACGUUGAUCAUUUACACUGUAUAAUAUAAAAAAGAGAUAUAAACUGAAUUUGUGAAGUUGGAAUUCGAAUUAAAUACUUUUAAUUAAAUACUUCUAAGUUUUGUUUAUUACGUUUUUUCUUGAGUCGCUAAAUAUAUUUAGUUGAAUGUUGGUGAAAUAUAAACCUGGCUGAAAUGCCUAAAAUAAGAACCAGACAAGCAAAUAGCCUCUGGUUAAGGCAACGCGAAUUGGGUAUAAAGUUCCCAUUGGGACAUGCCGACUGUUUUCAUAAAACCCUUUAUUCGUCUAUGAAACCAGUAACUUCUUGGGAUCAUGCAUUAUCUGCAGCUGCUGCGCACGGUGGAGUUUUUAAUCUUGAAUAUUCUCCAGAUGGCUCUCUCCUAUUGGCAGCAUGUGAAAAAAAAAGUAUUUUAAUGUUUGAUCCCUUGAGAAGGAAUUUAAUCCACACGAUUGAUAAUGCUCAUCAUGAUUGUGUUAAUUGUGUUAGAUUCUUGGAUCAACGUAUGUUUGCAACAUGUUCAGAUGAUAGUACAGUAGCUCUUUGGGAUGCUAGAAAUUUAAAGCAAAGAAUAAGGACACUUCAAGGUCAUUCAAAUUGGGUGAAAAAUAUAGAAUAUAGUCCCAAAGAUAGUUUAUUAUUGACCAGUGGUUUUGAUGGUAGCAUAUACACUUGGGACAUAAAUAGUUUUACAGAGAAUAGUAUUCUUUAUACACGUGUGUUCCAUACAAAUGGAUUGAUGCGCACUAGACUUAGUCCAGAUGCCAGUAAAAUGUUAAUAAGUACUACUUCUGGAUACCUCAUCAUUAUACAUAAUCUUAAGUUAAGCUCUUUAAGUCAAGACUUGGCAGGAUUUAGACCAAAUAUGUAUCGGUUAAUGCAAUCGUCUCAAACUACGAUACCAAACGUGGCAAGUUUCACCCAUCUAUUUUCUCAUUCUCGUACUCAUAAUCGAGUAGAGUUUUUAACCGAUUUCCCUGUUGGCGAUGAUGCCGAAAUAAUAUCGAGUUUGCAAGUACAUCCACAGGGAUGGUGUGCUUUAUCUAGGAACGUUAGUAAUGGGGAAAAAUCUGAGUGGACCUGUAUUCAUGAUAUACAAGAGCGUGAUGUAUCCAGUAUAGCGGAGCAGGCGAAAGAAGGAGAGGAAACAACUCCUCAGUUUAACGAAGUACCCGUAGAGGAGUUCGAGGAUUUUCAACAACCUCAGCCUUCUCGUUCGGGUAUAACUUCUUCUUUUUUAAUAGAAAGUCCAAAUAAUCGCGUUAGAGUAAUUCAUACAACCUCAGAUUCAACAAGAUCGAACGCUGCCGGAUUAUCGGAUAACGCGCAGUCAAUUAGAACCUCGAGAAACUGGCAAGUGGCGUCACGUAGGGCAUCACGAUCGCAAUCGAGAAAUUCGCGCUUAGAUAGAAAUGCGACAAGAACGAAUUUCGGUGCGAUCGAAGUUAGUUCUACUAGUUCAAGCUCGUCCGAUUCUCGAGUGAGCGCAGAUAGAGACGAUAGACAAGCAGAUAGAUACAUAUAUGCAGCUGAUCUUUACGCGGCUGAUGAGAGCAUAUUGGAGGAGGGAUCCGGUGAUCAAGAAAGGGAUUCAGGACAGGAUUACAGGCCACCGAGACCAAAUUCUCAUCUUAAUUAUUUAAGACCACGCAAUAUGAUUGACAAUUUUUCUACUGGUAAUAUAGAAUUACAUGUAAGUACAACAGAUGUGUGGGAAGCACACGUAGCGAUUAGGGAAGCUAGGCUUAGAAGGGAGAGGGAUUGGCUUUCUAGAUCGAGUAACAAUACGGUAGUUAUAAUUGGCGAUAGAAUUAGAGUUCAAAAUCGGAAUAGACAAGGCCAACAAACGAUGUACGCCAUUCCGAGAAAUCGUAUGAUUCAUCAAAAUACACCUAGAUUAACGCAUUACAUAGAAGAACCUAACGUAGGUUCCGGUUAUAUCAAAGAAUUAUGUUUCUCUGCCGAUGGCCGAUUAAUAUGUUCACCGUUCGGUUAUGGUAUACGAUUAUUAGCAUUUUCUAAGGACUGUUCAGAAUUAUCUAAUUGCGUUCCUCCCUAUAACGAGUCUGUACAGUUGCACGAAUUAGUGACAAAUGUUAGUCACUCUGGCAUCGUAGUCAGUACAAAAUUUUCUCCAAGGCAUUGUUUGCUCGUGUCUGGUUGUCUCAGUGGAAAAAUUGUUUGGCAUCAACCCGUGGUUUAGUAAAUUAAUUAUACUUUCCAACUUGUAAAGUAAAAAAUUUGCUUGCAAGGGAACUUCUUGAUAUGUUACUUGCCAAUUUUUCUCCUUUUGUUUUCAUCUUUUGUUUUUUUUUUUUUU